AUGAUUCGGACUCUGCAAACGACGGUACGAAAAGUGGUCCACCAUGGCCGUCCACCGAUCGGCGGGUUGAGGGUGACGCCCAAGCCUUCUCAUCUGAUGUCAUCAGCGACAUUUUCCACCAGGAUACAGCAUGCCGAUGAAAAAGUGGCCGAUGCAAGUACACGACAACAACAACAGCAACAAGAACAACAACAAAUUGAACCUGCCUUGCUCAACAAGAUUAUCAAUUCAGCCCAUCAUAUACAUGAUAUACAAAAGGCAGACCGGCUAUUGGUAGUGGGUUCGGGUGUGGCAGGUUGCUCAGCAGCUCUAGUAGCCGCUGAGACGUAUCAGAUUCCGGUAACCCUGCUGUUUGCGGGAAAUGUGCCUGAAGACUGCAACUCCUUUUGGGCCCAGGGAGGUAUUAUCUACCGAAAUUAUGAUCCUGUUUCCGGGGACAGUGCCAAACUAUUGGCACAGGAUAUUCAUCGAGCAGGAGCAGGGCUGUGCGAGGACGAUGCGGUGCAAAAGGUGUCCGAAGAAGGCCCUGAUCGAGUCAGACAACUUUUGCUUGAUGAGAGUCUCAAGAAAGUUUAUGCUCAAGUACCCUUUGACAAACGCGAUGAUGGAACCCUUUCCUUGUGUCUUGAGGCUUCCCACGCAGCGCCCAGAAUUUUGCACCGUGCCGAUCACACUGGACGAACCAUUACGCAACACAUCACCCAAGCCGCGGCUAGACACCCUCUCAUUAGCAUGCAACCUCAUACAAUAGUUACAGACCUGGUAGUGAAAGAUGACGUGUGUUUGGGAGUGGCCACUCUGAACCGAUUCUCUGGAGAACAAACUCUGGAGUACGCCUGCCGGGGAACGGUCCUGGCCAGUGGCGGAUUGGGGGGUAUCUAUGAACAUUCCACCAAUCCGGCCGGUUUCAAUGCAUUGGGAUCCAGCGUCGCAUUGGCGUACAGAGCCGGUGCCAAGUUGAAAGAUUUGGAAGAGAGAGAUUUAAACAUAAUAAUAUAUCGCUCUUGUAGCGUUGUUUCUUUGAUAAAGGGUUUAAAGUGCCUUCUAAAGUAUGAGAAUUGA